AUGAGUCAACAACAAACACAACAACAAAUAAAAAGAAAAGAAAUCCUUCAGAACGCUGAUGUAUUAGGUCCACCAGAAAUUUCAGAAAAUGAAAUUACAACCGAAUCUAUUCUUGGUGAUGGUAGUUUUGGUACUGUAUAUAAAGGCCGUUGUAGGUUAAAGGAUGUAGCUGUCAAGGUUAUGUUAAAACAAGUAGAUCAAAAAACUUUAUCAGAUUUUAGAAAGGAAGUUGCUAUUAUGAGUAAAAUUUUCCAUCCAAAUAUUGUACUUUUCCUUGGUGCUUGCACUUCAACCCCAGGUAAACUUAUGAUUUGCACAGAGUUAAUGAAAGGUAAUCUUGAAUCAUUAUUAUUGGAUCCAUUAGUUAAGCUUCCAUUAAUUACUCGUAUGAGAAUGGCUAAAGAUGCUGCUCUUGGUGUUUUAUGGUUACAUUCAUCAAAUCCAGUUUUUAUCCACAGAGAUUUAAAGACAAGCAAUCUUUUAGUUGAUGCUAACCUUACUGUUAAAGUUUGUGAUUUUGGUUUAUCUCAAAUUAAACAAAAAGGUGAAAAUCUUAAAGAUGGUACAGAUGGUGCUAAAGGUACCCCAUUAUGGAUGGCACCAGAAGUUUUACAAGGUAAAUUAUUUAAUGAGAAAGCAGAUGUAUAUAGUUUUGGUCUUGUUUUAUGGCAAAUUUAUACUAGACAAGAGUUAUUCCCAGAGUUUGAUAAUUUCUUCAAAUUUGUUCAAGCUGUUUGUGACCAACAAUUAAGACCAGCCAUCCCAGAUCAUUGCCCAAAGAUUUUAAGGGAUUUAAUUCAAAAAUGUUGGGAUCCAAAUCCAGAAGUUAGACCAGGUUUUGAUGGUAUUGUUUCAGCAUUAGAGGAAGUUAUUAUUGAUUGUUGUAUUCCAGAUGAAUAUGGUUCAAUCCUUUGGAAGAAUCAUUUUAAAAUCGAAAAUGAAGUUAGCUGGAAAGACUUUAUCAAUGUCUUUUCAAAUUUCGUUGGUUUAACAAACUCAAAUACACCAUCAAUGUCAGAUCUUCUCCAAUUCUCACCAAAUCUUAAUGGUUCUACCAUUGAGUUAAACUUUAAAUGCUUAAAAUCAAUUAUUGUCAGUUCACCAAAAGGUCCACAUGAAGAAGAAGUUGUUUUAAUGGAACAAUUCGGUAAAGUUUUAGCUUGGUUCGGCAACUUAAAGGAAGAUGGUGCCCAAAUCUUAGAUAAAAUUAGACAAUUAAUGGAAUGCGCUUGGUUCCAUGGUGACAUUUCAACAUCAGAAAGUGAAAAUAGAUUAAGACAAAAACCAGAAGGAACAUUUUUAGUUAGAUUCUCUACCUCUGAAUAUGGUGCUUAUACAAUUUCAAAAGUUUCAAAGAAUGGCAGUAUUUCACAUCAAAGAAUUCACAGACCAGGCGGUAAAUUCCAAGUUAACAAUAGUAAAUAUCUUAGCGUUAAAGAAUUAAUUACUGGUGAAGCUCAAGCUCUUGGUAUCAGUACCCCAUGUCUCGGUUCAAGAUUUUUAUCUUUAAUUUAUAAAGCUCAAUUAUCUGGCUAUAUUAAUUAAAAAUAAAUAUCAACAACAUAAAUAUAAAACAAAUCAACAAA